GCUGACAGAGUUUCCACAACCACAUGCCUGAAAGUCACAGCAACGGCAGAAGGUCCAGAUAUAUCGGAUUCUGAUGAUAAAAACCAUACAGUGGGGUCUGAUUAUCCGCCAGAAGCUAAAUACCUAGAAUCAACGCCACUGGCACAGAAUUUGGUGCCCCAUCAAGCCGAAGAGAGGCAAUCCCAGAAGGCAGAGGAAUCGAUUAAUCUUCUUGAGAAGUCAACUGGGGAAGCCGAUGGCACACACGGAGAUAUAAACUCCAUGGAAAGCACGAAGAAAGAAGCCAAUGGCACACGAGGAUAUAUAGACUCUGGGGAAAGCACAAAGGAAGAAGCCAAUGGCACACAAGGAGAUGUAGACUCCAGUGAAAGCACAAAGGAAGAAGCCAAUGGCACACAAGGAGAUGUAGACUCCAGCGAAAGCACAAAGGAAGAAGCCAAUGGCACACAAGGAGAUAUAGACUCCAGCAAAAGCACAAAGGAAGAAGCCAACAGCACACAAGGAUAUAUGGACUCCGGCAAAAGCACAAAGGAAGAAGCCAAUGGCACACAAGGAGAUAUAGACUCCGGGGAAAGCACAAAGGAAGAAGCCAAUGGCACACAAGGAAAUAUAGACUCCGGGGAAAGCACAAAGCAAGAAGACAAUGGCACACAAGGAGAUUCAGACUCCAACGAAAGCACAAAGGAAGAAGCCAAUGGCACACAAGGAGAUAUAGACUCCAGCGAAAGCACAAAGGAAGAAGCCAGUGGCACGCAAGCAUAUAUAGACUCCAGGGAAAGCACGAAGGAAGAAGCCAAUGGCACACCAGGAGAUAUAGACUCCGGCGAAAGCACGAAGGAAGAAGCCAAUGGCACACCAGGAGAUAUAGACUCCGGCAAAAGCACAAAGGAAGAAGCCAAUGGCACACGAGGAUAUAUAGACUCCGGCGAAGGCACAAAGGAAGAAGUCAAUGGCACACAAGGAGAUAUAGACUCCGCGAAAGCACAAAGGAAGCAGCCAAUGGCACACAAGGAAACAUAG